ACGGCAGCGCGUGGCCGCCUCCCUGCUGCUGGUUGUCAGUGGUGUAGAGAGACAUGGCUGUGCUCAGCAAGAUACCCCACAACUGCUACGAGAUCGGUCACACCUGGAGCCCCUCAUGUGUGCAGUCUGCUGUGGACAUAACCAGGGGUGCUCUCGAGGUCUCCUUUAAAAUAUACGCGCCCCUUUACCUGAUAGCAGCAGUUCUAAGGAGAAGGAAGAAGGAUUACUAUUUAAAAAGGCUUCUCCCUGAGAUCCUGUGGUCUACCUCUUUCCUCACUGCCAAUGGAGGUCUCUACAUUGUUUUCUUCUGCAUUCUCAGGAAACUGUUGGGAGGAUUCUACACCUGGUCGGCCGGCUUUGGCUCGGCACUGCCUGCAUCCUAUAUCGCAAUUCUCCUGGAGCGCAAGAGCAGGAGAGGGCUGCUGACAAUAUACAUGACCAAUCUAGCCACAGAGACUCUGUUCCGCAUGGCGGUGACACGAGGCAUCGUCACACCAAUCAAACAUGGAGAGGUGCUUCUGUUCUGCAUUACUUCAUCGCUCUACAUGUACUUCUUCAGGAGUCAAGAUGGUCUAAAAGGCUUUGCAUUCUCUGCACUGAAGUUCAUCAUCGGCAAAGAAGAGAUUCCGACUCACCCUGUCACGGCAGAAAACAUCUGCCCGAGGCCCCAGGAGAGAGCGGCUGCUAUAGAGGCCGAGGACAGACAAGUGUCAGCAGAGAGGCCGAGCUCCAGGAGGAAAACUCUGGUGGCCUACGUGAGGGAACUGCUCGAAUCAAUAUGCAAAAAAGGUCCAAGACACAGAUGUUGUAAACACUACCAAGACAACUGCAUUUCCUAUUGUGUCAAAGGUUUUGUCAGGAUGUUCAGUGUCGGCUACCUGAUUCAGUGUUGUCUCAAAGUACCCUCAGCGUUCAGGCAGAUGUUCUCCAAACCUUCUCGGCUCCCCUCCCUCUUCUACAACAAAGAGAACUUCCAGCUUGGGGCGUUUCUAGGAUCGUUUGUCAGCAUCUACAAGGGAGCGAGCUGUUUGCUGCGCUGGGUGCGUAACAUUGAUGAUGAACUCAACGCACUGAUUGCCGGCUUCCUGGCUGGUACUUCAAUGUUCUUCUACAAAAGCACGACCAUAUCCAUGUAUCUCUUCACUAAGCUGGUGGAGACCAUGUACUUUAAGGGCAUCGAGGCCGGACGGUUCCCUUACUUUCCCCACGCAGACACCGUCCUGUACGCCAUCUCCACUGCUAUCUGUUUCCAAGCUGCUGUGAUGGAAGUGCAGAACCUCAGGCCCACAUACUGGAAGUUCCUGCUGCGUUUAACAAAGGGCAGGUUUGCCCUGAUGCACCGACAGUUGCUCGAUGUGUUCGGGACUCAGGCCUCCAGGGACUUUAAAGGCUUUGUGCCCAAACUGGACCCUCGUUUCACCACGGUGCUUCCACCAGGAGCCGACUUCACACUCGGAUGAUUUGGGAUCAGGGCUCUCAGCAGGCAUUAUAGGGUUACCUCAACAGGAAAUCAGACAGUUUGGUUAUUUUUCCUGAGUAAUUUAAGGAUUUUUUAAGAAGGUGUUAUAACAGUUAAGAAGUAAUGAUGAUGAUGUGAAGAGAUUGGAUGUUAAGAUCCAAGAUCUGUCAAAAGCAGGAUGUCACGUCGGGAGCAUUGAAUGUGUUGAGUUUUAUAGGCGGGAUUAAAGACAGGGUUGCUAUGGAUACAGGUAACUGGUAAAAUAGAUGAAACACAUGAUUUUGAAUUUUACAAAUACAUCAGUCGAAGUAUUUUUAUUUGUAUAUGUUGUCAGACAUCGACCUUCAGCUAAACAGCAGGGAUGGUAGGACUAAUUUAAAUUGCCCCACAGUGUCACAGAUAAAUAAAAACAUGAUUGGUUGAUUCGACUUGCGAUUCGACAACAUUCCCUUUGUUGGCACGUGUAGGUUUGUGCUGACUGAACUCAGUUCGUUAUUUGGAUGCUCGCUUCACAUCACAGGAUGAAACUCGCUAACUAAUCGUUUUUUUUUUGGAAUAGGGACGGGACUCCUGAUUUUUGACAUUGACUGAAGAACAGAUUGGAGAUAACUUCUCCCUGAUCAUUUCAGAAUGUGAUUUAAAGACUGUGUGUGAGACUGAUGAUUAUGUAGCCCUAUCAAAUAAUAUAUAUUGUGUAUUAGACAAUGGAAAGUGUAUUUAGAUUGUGCUUUAUGGUGUGAAAAUACGACGGAGAAGAUACAUUUCAGAAUGUAGUUUAGCUUUCUUUUUUAUCCCCACCUUUAGUUACUGAAGGAUUUUCUUAACGACUAAUCUAACUAAAUUAACAUCUUAAUGGGGUAAAAAGAAAGCAUGGAGUAUCAUGUCAAAAUGUUUAAAUGUCACUAGAAGUUGUUAAUGUUGUAUACGGGCUGCAUCUUUGUUUAACAUUCAACAAGUCAGACUCGAAUGACGAUGCAAGGGGGAGACUUUUAUUUUGAAAAUCUAUCUAAUGCAAAGACAGAAAAAUGAUCAGAUGGUGUUUGAAAUGAAUACUAUAAGCCACAAUACAUCAUUUUCAAACAAAUUCUCAAAAAGUCAUUGCUACUGUCAACCUGAUCCAUCAUUCAUUUUGUUCUUUAGGUGUUUAGGUAAGAAAUGACCACUAAUAUUCACUCACACAGGACACAUCCAAAGACCAGUUCAGUUUGUUGUUGUGUCACUGGCGCUCAUAAAAGGCUGUUGGCUGUCUGUGUUUCUGCUUCACUUGGUUUCAAAGUGAACCCUAUCACCAGACCUGGAUAGAAACGCUGUUUACAGAAGAGUUUGCAUAUGGGCAACAAGCAAUCUUAUUUCUUUGAAUCAAAAUCACACAUCUCAUUCUUUUUCUUUUCAUGAUUUCUGCUGCUGAGCGAGAUUAGGGGAUCCGACAGAAAGAUGUUUAAAAUAUAUUUCAUGUUCUCAUAAAUCACAUUGGCUUUGCUGUGAAUGAAAUAACAGGGAAAGUUUUGUGCUUCUGUUCUCAUCGCAAAAUGACACUUAAAUGCAUUUCCGAUAUCAGUCGCACAAUAAAUGAAAGCUUGAUUCCAGA